AUGGUUGCGGAAUUUUUUGGAGGUCGGAAGGUGCCUAGAUUUAUUACUCACACGAAUCUGGUGUUGCUACCAAAGAAGAAGGAGGUGAUCACAUUCUCUAACAUGAGGCCGAUAAGCCUAAGCAACUUCGUCAACAAAAUCUUUUCAAGAGUAAUUCAUGAUAGAUUAGUUGGCAUUUUGCCCGAGUUGAUAUCUUUCAAUCAAGCCGUCUUUGUGAAGGGCAGAAGCAUUGUAGAGAACAUCUUACUUGCCCAAGAGAUAGUCACCGACAUCAGAUUGAGGACAAAGGCAGGGCCUAAUGUAGUCAUAAAGCUUGACAUGCAGAAAGCCGAAUACAGAUUAUCGUGGUUUUUCUUAACGAAAGUUCUAGGAAGAUGGGGUUCAGGGAGUAAAGCAGGGGGAUCUGCUGUCUCCCACUUUAUUUAUUUUGGCUGUGGAGGUGAUGUCCAGGGUUCUGAAUUCUCUGCACACCCUAGUUCCUUACAGUUGAUUAUGGAGGUGCUCACAGAGUAUGAGAAGGCAUCUGGGCAGAAAGUCAAUAAGGAGAAAUGUGCAGUAUAUGUGCAUCACUUGGAGGAUCGUCAAGCGGAACAUGUCAUUUACUCGGACCUCAUUCAAAAAGUGCUGGGUAGAUUGCAAUCCUGGAAAGGGAAAUUAAUUUCUCACGGGGGAAGAGCAGUUCUUAUUUCUCAUGUGUUACAAAGCAUGCCGAUUCAUUUGUUAUCGGCCGUCGACCCUCCUGAUUAUGUAAUUGAAAAAUUACAUAAGAUUUUUGCUCAAUUCUUUUGGAUCAACUCUGUGGGCGAUAGAAGCAGACAUUGGGGAAAAUGGUUGGAGCUGUGUUUGCCACAUGAUAAAGGCGGCUUGGGGUUCAGGUCCAUGUUCGAUGUGUCCAAGGCUUUAUUUGCCAAAUUGUGGUGGAACUUUAGGACGAAGCCAUCCUUGUGGAGCGCUUUCAUGAGCAACAAGUAUUCUAAGAAGAUUAAUCCGGUUAUUGUAUAA